UUCAGAGAAGAACACGUGCACACAAAAACUCUUGAAACGAAUAAACACAUGUCGCGGGUUAAGCACGUUUACCUAACGUUGGUGGCGCCGUUAAAUCCAAGAUGGCAGCGCCCGUGAAAUUUACGAUCUGAACAGCGUUGCUUUCACAAGUUAAAUUUAGAGCUAUUUGGGGAGGAAAUCGAUGUCAUGGCUCUGUUUAGUCAGUUUUCGCGCCCGUUUAUUCUUAACUUUCGACCUGUAAAUACUAAUACUAAUAGCUUGAGAUUUAUGCACGUUUGCCAUGUUUACAGUCGUCAAGUUCGUUACUUUCCGGUGAACAGCAGAUCGUGUAAUUUGAAUAAGUUGAAUGACCGCUGCUGCGCAGCAAGAAGAUGGCAAUGGAAAACUCCAUGGAUUUCAACAAUGUUUUGUGAUCAUAGGAGUUCUACAAAUGCUGAGGUUUUCCUACAAAGUUCCAGAGCGAUGAGUCAACUCUCCAAACCAGAUGAAGACAUCGAUCGAAUGCGUCGAGUGUUGCAACAUUCUGGCGUUUCACAGGGUACCAGCGACACUGUUGGUGACCGUCUCCUGUACGAGGUACGGGCCAUUUGGAUGAUGCGAAUCUGUACGCUGCUCUUUUACGGAACAUCUCUGACGGGUCUGUACAUGGCGCCAGACAUUAUUUCUACAGCCCUAGAGCACGAGGGGUUUAACAGUCAACUGAUUAUUGAAAGUUUUGGAAUCUUCAUGGGAGUCGUAGCGUUACCGUUUCUGCUAACGAGAUUCAAUAGAAGACUAGUGUUAAAGAUGUACUACAAUCAACAGCGCAACUCCUAUAGUGCCAUGACAAUGUCCGUCUUUCUGAGAAUGAAUCGUGUGGAGUUUCUACGUGAGGACAUUGUUCGUCCUAAUCAGGGCAAUUCUAUUCUGGGGUAUUUUAACCUGACGACGGUGAAAGCAAAGGGUCGUCCUUACUUUGUAAAUCCGUACAACUUCAAACUCCCGAGUGAUUACAACCGUCUUAUGGGAUACGAAAAGGAACUUUAAAAUCUAGUUCGAAAUUCUAGACAUUUAUCAAAUACUCACUGUCAGUUUUUUUUUCUCCUUGAAAUCUACCAGUAUGUUGUUUGAAAUUAAAUCAUUACAAGCAAUUGUUAAAGAAAAUUAAAGAAGUCUAAAAUAAGUCAAAUUUCUUUGGGGGGGGGGGGGGCAAUGGAUGACAACACAAUACUUUGUGUUUUGAUAAAUUUGAUUGUUUUUAAGUCCCUGGUUGUCCUUCAAAGUGUACUUGGAUCCCAUCUUUACCAAAUACAUAAUCUCCCGAUACACAUAACUUCUUCUUUUUUUUGGGGGGGGGGGGGGUUUGGACACCAGAUAAAACCGUUUAGAACGACACCAGGGCCCAAUUUCAUGGCUCUGCUUACCGUAAGCACAGAAUCGGCGCUUACGGAAGAAACAUCAUUCCAGUCUAGAUAUGUAAUUCCUGCAAAAUAUACAUGUAAGGGCGGAGUCAAACUGCAGCAAUAACGACAAUGAUCACAACGCAAAGAGAACACAUUCUAUUGGUUGAAUUGGUCAAAGUAGAACACGCCCACACUCAUUCAACCAAUCGAGGGCGUGCAUUGUUAACAUUCUCGUUUUCGUUCUCGUUAUCGAGGCCUGCGUGACCGGGCCUUAAAUCUACAAUUUGGUUUCUCUAUAGCAUAGCAAUCUUUAAGUUUCUGUAUGUUCUUCUUGAAAAUAAAAACAGCGACUGUUUUUUUGAACCUUUUGAAACUGGAAUGGUAAACUAGAAAUAUGAAGUGAAAAGGUGAGAACAAAACAACCCCCCCCCACCACAUUUUCUAAGGCAGUGUUGGAAUUGAGGGCUGACAAAGACUAGGCCUAUAGCUUCAUCAAAAUGGCCGCCUUUCCUUGCCACAAAUCUUAUCAAUUCUUCACACAGAUUCAUUCUUAAAGGAAGGGUGUAAUUACUCAAAAAAUAUAUGGCCAAAAACAUUUACAUGGUACGAAGCACUGUAGCUGUUGAUAGGUUUAACAUUUUGAGAACCAAUUCCCUUCUAAGGAAUGUAGUUUGAGAGAGAAGAGAGAUUCAAAAUGAUUUUAUUCUGAAAAACGUUUCUGCAUGAAAUCGUUCUCAGACUGUGUACACAUAACCAAAUUUCGGCGAUACCUCAAAAACACUACCACCUUUUAAAAUGAAGUUUUCACUUGUUAGUUUUAUUGUAUAUAUAUCUACAUUUAUAUUGGAUUUAAACAAUCAAACGAUCCCAAAUUCCUUUAAGACCGUCUUUGUUUUAACGGUAUACGAACAUUGCCUGACAUAUUGUCACCUUUUUUCAGCACUAUACUCGGCAAUUACCAAUACCAUAAAAAAAUAACACUUUUUCUUAAAAAGACUUUACCCUUCAAGAUUUACCCUUAGUUAAGCAUAGAUAUAUGUAAAUGAUACAUUCACAUUUGUUGUUAUCAUACAGAAAAAAAGUUUACUCAUGUAAAUAUCACAAAUUCCUUUAAAGAUAAUUUUCCCUGACCUCCACCCCAUGAUAAACAAUCUUAGCAAAAAUAAGCCAGGUACCAGUCACAGAUUGUACAGGUGACGGGUAGUAUGGCUGGUAACCUUAUGCUGGUAAGCAUAAUUUUGUUGUGCUUAGAUUUUUUUUCUUCUCUGAAAUGAAAUUAGGCCAAGAGCUCAAUUACAGCAUCUGCUUAGCAGGGAGCCAGUUGGAGAGUAUACACAAAGCAUGGCAUUGUGGCUGGUAAGCCAUUUCUGGUUAGUAAGAUUUCUCUACAAAGAAUUUCGCUCCCAGUGGGUUUAUAUUCAAAGAUAUUCAAACCACAUGAUUUUUUUAUUAUGAAUAAUACAUAAUUUUUAUUACCACUAUCACAUGAUUUCUUCACUAUUUUAUGACAGUAAAAACUAGUCAUGCAUUAACUACUUUUUGUUAUUUUGCUACUGAUACGCUCUGCUUAAAGUUAAUUUCUACUUUUGAGUUUGACUAAAUAAUACCUGGUUUAAUAAUGGCUAAAUAUUUCUCUCAACCUAAGUUCCAGAUUUGUAGCAUUUAUCUGUUCUUCUUUUCUAGACAUUAACAAAACUCAACACACUGUCACUACAAAAAUAUAGCUGAAAAUAUUUUUUUCCGUAAAUAUGUUGGUAGAAAUAUAUAAAUGUCUGACUUUAUGUCUGUGUAAUACAUUGAACUUUAAAACACUUAGAUUCUUCUUAUUUAACUGUCUUUCGUUAAAAUGAAAAUAAUACCAGAAAAAAUAUACAAGAGUGAUUUCACUCUGAAAGUUCUAUUCUUUUCUAUAUGAGAUUUGCAUUACUCUUGUGACAUAUGACACAGCGUUAACAUAAACUUUACAUAAAUUAAUAUAAACCUAGUUCAGAAACUUCCUUAAGAUGGUUAAAAAAAUUGAACCAUUCCUUCUUGGCGAACCGACUGUAAGAAAGUAUGGUUAGUCUUCAAAUGUAUGGCUUCAUGACAAUGCUCAACGGAGGAGCCAAUAACUGUAGUAUCAUUGAUUGACUCAUUAUGUCAGUAUUUGGAUGGGAGCCCAUACGCCUCUCGUAAUCAUGACGUUACUAUUCUAACCCAAAAUGAGGCCAUCGGUGUACGUCACGCCACCACCCGUACCAGCCACUCGAUCCUAGUUGCAGUGGCUCCGCCGAUGGCCUUGUUUUGGGUUAGAAUGGUGAUGUCAUGCAUGAAUAGUAAGAGAGGUGUUUAACUUGAACGGUGUAGUUUGGAGUGGCUUGUCUAGAGUAAGCACCAUUACUGUGGUCUGGGGUGGAGUUAAGACUAGUCUUGUUUGAAUUAGGAUGAGUUACUCGUCUUAACUUAGUUCUAACUUUCCGUAUGGCGCCACC